ACCACCGUAUAACAAAAUCAUACAUAACUUGAAUUGUAUCAACCGAACAAAGAUUCAAAAACAAUGAAGCCAAUUGACGACAAACAAGACACAGUAACAAUAAGAGCAGUAAGCCACGACGAAGAAGGAAAAAAGCGAGUAGAAAAAACAGAGCUAAACACACACAACAUUAACACAAUCAAACAUGUUGAGAAAAAACUCAUCAACAAUGGUGUUCAGCGUCUUGAUCGACAUCCUGUUGACGGCAUAGGUAUCGGACGUCCGCCGUCGAAAUCAGGUCGUGGUGGUAAGUUCACUUGGGAAGGUCCUGCUGGUAUGGUUGAUAAUAUGUUGGAUGUGGCUCCAGCGGCUAUGGAUGAGAAAGAUCCUAAUUAUGUAGAUGAGGAAAAUGAUGAAGAUAUUAAGGAUUUGGUUGUUGGUGAAGUUGAUGUUGCUAAAGCUGUUGAAACUGAUGGUGUUGGCAGAGUUGAUGUUGAUCCUCGUUUGCAAGUUAAUUAAUUAACUCUGGAAUCUGAUUAUUAUCAUUUUGUUUGUUUAAUUUCUUUCUGAGCCUAUAUCUGGUAUCGCAUUUCAUAUAUCAGAAUCAUUGUGGCUACUAGUGAUUUUUAAAAACUACGCUAAUAUAGUUUUUUUAAAAAUCAUAUUGAUUCAUCGUGAUUCUGAUAUACUUAACGUGAUAUCAAACCUAUACUAAGUCGAGUUGAGUGUUUUUUGUGUGUUGAUUUUGUGGAAUGUGUACUCAGUUAUUUAAUUAUAAUCAAACAAGUGAAAUGUAGAAUUCCUUUUAAUUUCCUUUCAAACUAA